CAUUUAUCCGGUUGCAUCACACUGGGCGUGGAGCUCCGACGGUUGGCUGUACGUGACGGCGUUCACGGACAACGCCGGCUCGGGCGUGGUGCACAUGCUCGGCGGCAUCUGCGCCCUGGUCGGUGCCGUGCUCAUCGGCCCGAGGAUCGGCCGCUUCGAGGAGAAGACCGGGCGGGCCUUCGACAUCCGCGGGCAUUCCGUGCCGCUGGCGGCGCUGGGCGGCUUCAUCCUGCUCUUCGGCUUCCUCGCCUUCAACGCCGGAUUCCACGGCCACAUCAGCCAGCCGGGCGACGGCGCGAUCGUGAGCCGCUCCAUCAUGAACAGCCUCCUCGGCGCCUGCGGCGGGGGGCUCGGCACGCUCGUCCUGGCGCGCCUGGGACUCUGUUUCACCACCGCCGGCGGCGCCUGGAGCUUUCUCCUGACGCUCAACGGCACGCUGGCCGGCCUGGUGGGCGUCUGCGGCGGCAGCGACGUGUUCUACCCUUGGGCGGCUCUCCUCACGGGGACGAUCUCGGGCUUCAUCUUCCUCUGCCUCCACGACCUCCUCCUCAAACUCAGAGUGGACGAUCCGCUGGAUGCCUUCCCGGUGCAUUUCGGCGGGGGGCUGUGGGGGCUGGUCGCCGUCGCGCUGCUGGGGCGGGAUGGUAUCAUCCUCAGCUCUGCGUCGCCCGAGAGUCUUCAGGUCUUGGGAUGGAACAUGGUGGGAGCGGUGGCCAUCGCAGCCUGGUCGGGCUCUCUCUGCAUCCUUCUCUUCGGGGCCCUUAAAUUCGCAGGGCUCUUGCGGGUCUCCGCCGAGAUGGAAAUCCACGGUCUGGACAUCCUGAAGCACCAGGAGCCGGCGUACCCGUCGUCGGCGUGGGAGGAGCUGAUCGACCACUGCCCCGUCGAGGGAUUCAAGGUCGUGCCCAGGCACGAGAGGGUCUCCUUCUCGAAUUCGCUGCCGGGGAAUCUCCUGGCGUCCGACGCGCUAAACGGAAGCACCACCGGCGGGAGGCUGUACGCCGGUCCACUCCGGAAGCAGUCGCUCCGGUCGGAGAAAUUCCGGAACUCCUUGGAGCACUCCGACUCCCCGUCUGGGAGCAUGGACCAUCUCGCGAUGGAGAAGGGGAGGGACGCCUACGUCUGUGUCCAUCUGUGAUGAACGCUCUUCUUUUUGUGAUGAACACAGCGCUUGUGAUGAACGCGAGGGCCUUCGUGCCGAGGGUUCCCUGCCGAUAUUUCUCUCUCCCUUUCUCUCUCCCUCUCUCUCCCUCUUUGUUUCAUUUACCCGUUAGGAUCGUGAGGUAAUAAAGCCCUCGUUUGUUUGUGUUUAUCUGGAAUCCUUUCGAC